AUGGAGACGCUACUUGCAGUCAACCGUAUCGAUUCCGGCAUUUCCGUCGGGCCCAGCCAGCUUGGCGGGCUUGGACUAUUUGUAGACAAGGACACAGACGGCGAAAUCCUCAGAGUUGGCCGUCAGCACGUCUACAACAUCUACACCUGUCUAGAGCUCAGUCAGAAGCUGGAGGACCAAUCUCAAACCCCGGUGAUCAAGACGCUUCUGGGCUUCUAUUGCAACGGCCCGCCUAACGAGACCAGAAUACUGACUUGCUACAUGGUUGGCUUCGAGGUUCUUCGCCGGCUGGGCAAGCUGGGGGAAUUCAAGGAGCUCCAAGGGUACUUGGAUAUUUUGUUGAGCACUAAGAUCGAUAAUUUAUGGCAGGACGAGGAGCCUCUUUUGGAGAGUUUUUAUGAGUUGGAGCCGGGAAACUCGCUUGUGAACGCCACGUUACUGGAGAAACAAAGCGGCGAGGUCGAGGAAUUGUCAAAGUAUAUUUUUGAGACGUGGAGAGUGACUUUACAAGAGCGUGAGAUCCAGAAGCUCGUGGCUGCGAUCCGUUCACGGACGCUGGAAGUCCCCAGAAAAAUCAGUGACGAUGAGUUCUCGGUCGAUAUCACGCUGGUUCCGCUUCUGGACUUUGCCAACCACGACAACUCCAAACAGAAUGCCUAUUUUGACUUCGAUCCAGAAACAAACGAGGUCGUCCUACUUGCCAAACGACCGCUCUCUGGUGGCUCAGAGGUACUCAUCAGCUACACUCCAGUUGAAGAGAUGACACGGAUGUUCCUCACGUACGGAUUCUAUCCUCGCUCGGACGGCCUGAAGGUGGUGGACGUGCCGUUCUGGGGUUACUACCAUUUCGACCAGUCUGAGGAGCUGGCCCAAUACGUUUUCCAGCAGCGGCAGCCGACGAACCUGCAGUUUGUGCUGGAGUAUGCGGACGGUCAGCUGGUGGAUCUGUUCCUCAACAUGGCGUCGAAUUACAGUUUUGCAGGGCUCAUAGGCACGGACGACGUGUCGACAGUGAUGGAGAGUGCAUCCGAGGAGCAGAUCGACGGAGCGCUAAGUGCGUUCUUGCGAAUCGUGGAGUCGUCUUUCAAGGAGCGGAUCGAGCGCCUCGAGAAGUUUGCGAAAUUCUGCGACGACUACGAGGCAGAAAAUGGCACUAAAAAUAUCAGCCAGCUGGUGCAGUUCCAGCUGGAACUGUACAACAAAUACGUAGACAAGAUGCGGCACCUUGUGCCUCAAGCGGGCUCCGAUUCCUUAUAUGACCUGGUGAUGAUCGAUGGAGACGAGUGGGUAGAGUAUCGUCUACCGCCAGUGUACAAUUUUGUCACGAGGAAGCUGGCACGGCAUUAAAUGAAAAAUUAGGUCACGAUUUAUAUAUAUUUUUUUUUGACACAAUUGUGGCUUCCUUCUAAACACUAAUGUCAGAUAUAAGACCAGUUUAUUCAACGGGCCGCGGAGGCGCAGGCAACGUGGUGCACCAGUCGGCAGCUGAUGAGGUUGUUGUGCCGCACGAGACUCGCAGCUCUUUCAAACAGGACGAACACGGCAAAUUCCAUUACCCCACAGGCAGAGGAGGUGCCGGCAACGUGACGGAGCUGGAGGCUGUUCCCAGUCCUCGCGAGGACCCUGCUGCCAUCAAAGAGGAGCUGAGCCCUGUGUUUUCUACAGGACGGGGCGGCGCCGGAAACAAAGUGCACGUCAAGGGGCCAACAACCAUUGAACAGGAGAUGGAACAGCAGUUGUCGCCGGUUCACACCGUGGAGAGCGCAAAGAAGAAAGCAUCUUCGUCCGCUGUCAAGACCAGCGGUGGUAUUCUUGGCAAACUCAAGAAAAUUUUUAAAUGAACGUGAUGACUAGUUAUGGAAUGAACAGUGAUCUGUCGAGCUCGUGCGAUCAGCAGUAUGAACAAUGUUGAUCUAUAUGUGAUAAAUAAGCUGUCUGCCAGCGAAAAUUCUGGCCAGACAGAUAAUAAAUACGAUAUUCGUGAAGUGGUAGCCUUUCCUCCUAGUGCUCGUGCAGCCCAACCCAGUGUCUCCAGUCGUGCUUUGCCCGGUACAGUAUCCAGAACCACAUUGUUGCCCCGAGAGCAGUGGCAGUGUACCGGUAGAAUGGGCUAACAUGAGGCACGGGGGCUCCCGAAUGUUUG